AUGAGUGCCCAAGAAUCCCCUCCUAUCAUCAACCCCAAUGUGUAUCUCAACUACCUCAGCACUGGCGAAGCAACCAUCUAUGAAGUAGGAAGAGGUAUCAAUCUGGCAACCUUAGGCGCCUUGAUCUGGGACAUACUCUCCAGCCUCCCCGAUGAACGUAAGCUGAUCCAAGUGGGAAGGGGGUCCACUAUUCUAUUUGCCUACUUUUUGGCUAGACCAUCCGCGCUUGCCAUGGUGAUUCUCACUGUUCUGGAGCAAACUGGUCCGGUGUCAAACUGCAGGCUUAUCGCCGCCAUUUCAGCAGCGCUUCAGAUCAUAUCAUCCGCGGCUGCAUCGUACUUGUUUCUCAAGCGUGUCCAUGCCGUUUACUUUGGCAGCAGAAGUGUUCAAUACUUUUUCAGCUUUCUUUGGGUCGUCGGAAUUGGCACUUCUUGCUUGCUCCUUUACGAUGCUGUACAUGGUUACAGCGAGAUCGCUAAUACUAAACACUGCAUCCGGCAACAAGACUGGGCCGCUCUUCCCGUCGCCUUUGGGAUCCCCGUUCUCUUCGAUGGCCUCGUCUAUUCUGCCAUCAUACACAAGAUCCUUUCCACUCAUCAGACGGGCCAGAAGAGGGGCUGGAGGACUUUCUUCUACCGUUCUAGCAAGGGACUUCCUCAUUUUUCGCGUGCUGUGUUUGAGGGAGGACAACUAUACUACCUGAUGACUAACAGCAUAAAUAUGACUCGCCUCAAUUUCAGCACAAGCUUCUCUAUGCCUCCCUCCUACCAAGUUAUGCUCUCGGCACCCACUAUAGCACUAACGAGUGUGAUGGCCUGUCGCGUGUAUCGAAACUUGUUGAUUACGGCCUCAGAUGAAGUUCAUAUGGAUGACAGGGAGCUGACAAGACCGGUAUUUGCAAAUGGACGAAAGGGAAAUGUAUCGCUAUCACUGGCAGCAGAGACAGUACCUCCAGAGAUGAAGUCAUGUGCAGAUGGUGGAGGUGAAAGUACGGCCUCCAACGUUUAA